AUGUCAUCGCCCGCGGGCGCAAGUGCCCAAACUCCGCAAGGAGACGCACCUUACUUCCCGGUUGUCGCCCUUCUCGGUGGGGUACCGACGGUGUCUGUUGAUGUUCCGAUCAGCGCCGUCCUCCUCGUCCUAUUCGUCAUGGCGGCAGCCUUCAACAUGACGGUCCUCCAGAUCAACCGCCGCAGAGACCACAAGUUCAUACUAUCAGGUCUUCUUUUCGGUUUUUGCAUGGCCCGUAUCACUACCCUCGUCAUGAGGAUAGUGUGGGCCACCCACAUCACCAACAUCCGCGUCGCCAUCGCGUCCAACAUUUUCAACUCUGCCGGAGUUCUCUUACUCUUCAUCGUGAACCUCAUCUUCACCCAGCGACUACUCAGGGCUUAUCACCCUAAUUUUGGGUGGCAUAAAGUCCCUACCUUGAUGUUCCGCUUUCUGUACUUCAGCAUUGUCGCCUUACUCAUCAUGGUCAUCACCGCGACAGUCAUCAGCUUCUACACCCUCAAUCGCAGCGUUCUUCAAAAGUGCCGCACGAUUCAGCUCUUUGCUGGUACUUAUCUUGCCGUACUCUCUUUCCUGCCCAUUCCCAUCGUCUUGGCCGCGUGGGCCUGGCCGCGCAAGAAUGCGAUCGAGAAGUUUGGCCAGGGCCGAUUCAGGACAAAGGUCAUGCUUGUGCUCUUUACCGCAACCCUACUUUCGUUUGGUGCCGGCUUCCGUCUAGGCGGAUCUUACGACCCAAGGCCCAGGUCCGCGCCUGCCUGGUACCACCACCGAGCAGCCUUCUAUUGUGUCAACUUCGUGAUCGAACUUAUUGUCGUUUACACGUACGCCUUGAUGCGCUUUGACAGACGAUUCCACAUCCCUGAUGGCAGCUCUGCCCCUGGACAUUAUUUCAAUGGGGUGCCAGGAAAAGGCGACCAAGGAACACUUGCGGACCACAUCAACACGGAAGCCGAGGCGUUUGGUGGCGGGAGUGAUGAAGACACCGCUGUUGUUGAGGGUGGCAGCGAAGGUGCCGCGAGAAGAUGGGAUAACCGAGCGGCGGGUGAUCUAGAGAAGCAAGACAACGGCGAGCCCAUUCGAUCCUAA